AUGGCGUCGUCUAAAGAAGGCGUAUGCAACUGGCUGCAUCAAGCCCUGUCGCUGGCCGAAUCGGUGGACCUGCAUUGUGAUCCAGCUACAAUGAACAUUAUUCUACCCGAAGCCAAAUUCCGCAAGAGACUCUGGUGGUGUAUAUACAUGCGGGGACAACAACUGACACUGUCUCUUCACUUUCAGAAUGACUUUUCCAACAGCAGAGCCAGCGUGCCCAUGCCCGAUAUCGAUGAUUUUAAGGACACACUAAUUCCUCAUACGGUACAAUGCGUUUCUGGAUAUGGAAACCUGUUGCGGAAUGCCGAUAAGCAGCGCGCCUUGGCCGCUAUUUGCAUUCGGAUGUGUAAGGCGUCUAUCCAUCUGGAAAGAAUAUGUGGCAUCCAGCAGCAAAACCUUCAUGCCGGCUCUCAAGUCUCCAUUGACUGGUGCAAAGAACGAGGCUCCGAAUCGUUUGAAUUGCAAGAGGAAAACAUCAGAUCCCUAGCGUCCAACGCGUCGUUAGACUUUCAAGAUAUGACGAGUUUUGGCGGAGACAAUGUCGUCAACCUCCACUCAUCUCUGCUGAAAAUGUUCUGUCUGACCGUCUUGUGCAUGCUAUAUACCUCGCAGACAGGAUCCGGGGCCUUACAAAACCUGCUCUCAAGCCUGAACGCCACAAAAUAUGGCACCGUGACUUACAAGAACCUACCAAAGGCGGCCGUGGCUAUUAUCUCCAUCGCUCAAAGACUGCAUCUGAAACAGAUAUCGCACCAUUUGUUACCACUGAGCGUUUCGCGCAUUUUUGUCGCGGGAUUCGUCCAUACAUUGGGCUUACUCGGCCCCAACGACAGCAUUCGAACUUCAAGUCGCACUCAGAUUGACCAGUGUUCGCUGAUCCUGGAAAGCCUGCGCGGUCAAUCUCCUGCCGCGGACGGCGCACUGGCCCAACUGAAUACUGCGGUGCGUCGAAUGAAUUUGUUUGCCACACGUUCGUCGAACCAUGGGUCACACCCCGGCGGGAGUGAAUCACGCUCUAAAAAUGGGACAACAGCUCCUCAAGCCCGUCAGUCUCUUGGAAACAUGAAUGUCAAUCGUGAAGUUGGAGAAAAUUGCGAAAAUCUGGUUGAUGUAAUUGGAAGCACUACUCAGGCGCGGGACACGUCCACGAGCUAA